AGAAUUGUCCAAGUUUUGACUUUUAGAAGACUAUUGUGAAAGAACUCAUCGGAAGUCAUGUUGUGUGCACUUCCUUUCGGUAGUUUUUGUUGUGAUUUUCGGUUCCAGGUUCAUUCAGAGAUCAAACAGUGGAAGUCCGCCCGUGUUGUUGCGCACAGAUGUUCUUGAAACAGUAACCGAGGAGAAAGCGGAGGAGGAUGCGUCUUUUCUAAACCGUUGUGGAUGAUGUCUUCUUCUUCGGGGCUUCGCUGGGGACAAAGAAGCCGUUUAAAUGCGGUUGUCCCUCGGUCUCCAUGUGUGUAGGUGGGAACACCUCUGUCUGCGGCAUCGGAAAAAUCCAUGGAUACAGAGGCGAAGUAAAGAUACCCACUCCGUACUGCGUAAAACCUUCUUUCUGUCCGCGCUUCUGCGAAACAGAAAGGCGAGCUUUGGGACGAGCCGAUGUAUCGUUUGGUCAGCUACAAGCACACAGCUGCUGUCGCAUAUCAACAACAUGGCUAAAAACAUGCUGGGAAACUGGAUGUGGAGCUGCUUUUCAGAACCAGUGGCCUUCACAGUCAGGUGUUAGCUUGAUCCUGUGCUGAGAGGAUGCCUGUUGAUUCGGGGCAGUUAUGCUUCACUCCACUGCUGUUGGCCCCGCACAGGAGGGCCCCAGGAACCACAGUGUGUGGCCCCUGGUCAGAGCCAUGCUAAACCUCUCAGAUGUCCCCAUGGACAGCAUCUCCAUGGCCAACACAAGCCCGGUUUGGACCUUAACAUCAGUGUCUCCCACAGGGCCCCCUUCAAGCCUCCAGGGCUUGGGUCUGCCUCUGCAGAUUUUUUUCUGUGUGGUGAUGGUGAUUAUCCUGUUGGUGGCACUGUUGGGGAACGUGGUGGUUUGUCUGAUGGUGUACCAGCGUUCAGCCAUGCGCUCAGCCAUUAACAUCCUACUGGCCAGCCUGGCCUUUGCUGACAUGAUGCUGGCCAUACUCAACAUGCCCUUUGCCCUGGUCACCGUGGUAACCACCAGCUGGAUCUUUGGGGACAUUUUCUGUCGAGUUUCUGCCAUGCUCUUCUGGUUCUUUCUGAUGGAGGGCAUUGCUGUACUGCUUAUAAUAAGCAUAGACCGUUUCCUGAUAAUUGUGCAGAAGCAGGAUAAGCUGAGUCCUCACAGAGCUAAAGUGCUCAUAGCACUCACCUGGGGAUUGUCUUUUAUCUUCUCUUUCCCUCUGGCUGUGGGCUCCCCACUACUACAGAGUCCCUCCAGAGCUCCUCAGUGUGUGUUUGGCUACAGCACAGAGCCUGGGUACCACGCCUACGUCCUCAUCCUCAUGCUAGUCUUCUUCUUUGUGCCAUUCACGAUCAUGGUGUACACAUUUCUGGGGAUUCUGAACACUAUCCGGCACAACGCCAUCCGCAUCCACAGCCGCAGUGACAGCAUGUGCCUGAGCCAGGCCAGUAAACUGGGUCUGCUCAGCCUGCAGAGGCCUUUUCAGAUCAACAUCGACAUGAGCUUCAAGACACGUGCCUUUGCCACCAUCCUCAUCCUCUUCUCUGUGUCCACCGUGUGCUGGGGGCCCUUCACUGCCUACAGUCUCAUGUCCACUUUCAGCCAUGGAUUCUACUUCAAAGACUCAUACUUUCAGAUCAGUACAUGGCUGCUGUGGCUGUGCUACCUCAAGUCAGCCCUAAACCCACUCAUCUACUACUGGAGGAUUAAAAAGUUCCGUGACGCCUGCCUCGACCUGAUGCCCAAGUACGUCAAGUUUCUUCCUCAGCUUCCUGGAAACACCAAGCGCCGCAUCCAGCCCAGUGCUGUGUAUGUGUGCGGGGAGCAUCGCACAGUGGUUUAACUGAUGUGACUCUUACUACUGUUAACGCACAUAUGGAAAACUGCCUUUGUGAUUUUGUUAUUGGAGUUUUUUUUGUCAUCAAAGACCAAAAGGCACUAAAUUAGGAGUACAGAAGUAAGAACAUUUUUAUAUUCAUAGAGUCUGACAUGUUAACUUUUGGCAUUUCAAAAUAGAAGAACCUGAAUAUUUAUGAAAAUGUAUACAAAGUAUACAUUUAGUAAUCUACCUAUUUUGUAAGUGAAAAUCUUUCAAUCAAAAUAUUACAUUGCCUACUGUACAGUGUAUUUGAAGACAUUUUUGAGACCUGUUGAUUACUGCAGUACUUGUGGAAUUCAACCACAAUACUUGAGCUUAAGUGAGUUUGGCAGUGGAGAAGUUAAUUCACAUCUUUUUCACAAGGAAAGGUUUUUGUCAUGUACUGUAUAUAUUAUAGAGUAGGCUGUUACCAAAAUGUGAAUACAACCUCAAAUUUCGCAAUAGGUGUUUUCAGUACUUUUAGUUCCUGACAGACAAUGGCCCUUCUUCUGUAAGCAAGCAUUAUAACAACAGUGCCAGAGUCUUGAAAAAGGCCUAAAAAUAAGCUCUUAAAUUGGCCAUUACUUAGUUUGACCUUGUGUAGUUUAAUUUUACCGUUAUGGAUGUGCCUAUUUGAAUUGCCAGUCAGAAUGCUGCUAAAUCUGGUGAAAAUGUGCAAUUUCAGUGUACUGUACUGUUGAAUGUAAUAAAGAUAGACAUUUCGUACAUUGG